AUUUACAUGUAUACGAAAUUUUUUUUUGUCCAAAUGGAAAUAUUAUUAUCUUAUAAAAUUUUAUCUAUAAAACUUAAAUAAUUACCGUCCAUUAUCACGUCAUUAAAUUAAAUAGUCAUUUUAAAAAAGUAAAUACAGAAAAAAAAUUAAAAUUCAGCCGUCCGUCAUAAUAUUGAGGGCUUUGAGUAAAUUUUAUCCUGUCACUUAUAAAUAACAUGUGUGCACAGUGUAAAUUAAAAUAGUGUCAAUAAAAAAAAAAGACAUUAUUUGAAUAUUGAAAAAUAUUAAAUUUAUUAUAACCUCUGAUAUUUAAUAGUUGAAUAUAUAUAGUUAUUUAAAAUAGAUAAACAGUUUAUAGAAAGAUGGAAUCCAGCAGUGAUUAUAAUAACGUUAAGUUUAAAAAUACAGAUGUAAGUGAAUCUAAAGAUUCUGACACCGGUACUGCUGGAGAUGAGACAAUGAGUUUGGGUAUUCUUAAUGAAUUCAAAGAACUAUAUGAAAAGAGAAUAGCUGACAUUGAUCCUAAUGAUGAUAAUAAACUGGAGCUUAAGAUUAAAAUAAUGAGAGAGUGGAUUGAAAAUUUAGAGGAACAAAAUAAAACAUUGGUACAUAUUGUUUAUGAGCUAGAAGAAGCUAGUUCUUGCAAAGUUAAAAUGCUUGAAGAACAGAUGAAACAUUUAUUUGUGUUGUCGGAAAAUAUGUCUAGUUUUACUAAACCAUCACAACAAAGUCUUGAUGAACUUUCGGAUAGAAUAAGUCAUCUAGAAAGGGAUGAAAAAAUAUUGCAGCAAAGAAUUCAAUAUUUACAAAGUGAUAUCAGAGGAUUAUUGGAACUAAUACGACGUGCACAAGUCGAACAUUCUUGGAGACUUGAUGGGAUUAAUUUCUUUGAGAUAAGACCUUGUGACAUUCCACUCUCCAGCGACUGUAUGUAUGAACAGGCGACGAAAGGAGACUUGAAAAGUACUGAGUUAUCGAAGCCACGGGUGCAGUUUGAUAGAAAUAAAAUAAAAUUACUGGAAGACCCACAGGAAUUAGAGGGAAAAAUCGACUGGUUAAAUAAAAAAUUAAAAAAUCGAGAGAUGAAAAUUCAAAAAUCUGUUUCUAAAUUUGAAGCUUUAAAGGAAAGUUUAAUAAAUAAUUCAACAAUUAAUUCUGCUGAUAAAAAUAAUAUUAUUGAAAUGCUAGACACUGUAAAAAAUGAACUAAUAGAUGAAAAAUAUUUAGAAAAUGUACAAGAUGAUAAAACACUUAGUGAUAGUACCGUCCAGAUUGACAAUAAUGUCGAUACCUUUAAAAUAAAAAAUAAAUUAGAUGAAAAAACGAGAGAGAUUUUACGACUGACCCAUCAAUUAAAUUCUUUAGAAAAAGAAUCAAUAGAAUCUAGGGAAGCUUUAACUGCAGAAGUAGCUGAGAAACAUGACGUGAUAAUUAAUCUUAAAGACCAAGUGACUUACUUAGAAGAACAACUUCGACAAGCUAAUGUACAGCUGCAAUUUAAAAAUAAUAUUAUUAAAGAACUGCGUAAAGAUUUGGUAUUGAAGAAUACUCUUCCAGGCACACCUAGAAAAGUUAAUUCCAAUGCUCUUGCAGAGAAAGUCAGUUGGAGUGAUGAUAUGUCAGAUGAUGUUUCAAAUAAAAAUCUAAUGAAGGACAAAUUAUUAUCAAAUUUUAUGAGCUUCAAAACGACGUCAAAAAAUGAAUACCGAAUUUUAAUGGAUACUAAAAAAAAACUCGGAGAUAUUUUUAAUUUUAUUAAUGCCGUAGAAAAAAAAAAUCAUGAAGAAACUGCAAUGAGUGUGAUAACUGAUAAGGGUGAAUGUAAAAAAUCAGAAGAACGUUCAAAUGAACUGAUGAGUAAGGCGGGUGAAUUGACAAAUAUUAUAACGACAUUAUCUAAAUUAUGUAUAGACAAAAAUGAGGGAUUUCUUCAACUAGAAUUCGCUCUACAGGAUAUUCGUGAAAAAAAUGAGCGUCUCAGAAAUUUCGAACUAGACGAAAAAAUCCUACACAUUCCAGAACUAAAUCGUCAGCAAUUCAAUGCAAUGGAAGAAUUUAGAAUUUGUACAGUAGAAGCCCAAGCUGCGACGGAAGAUUUGCGUGAAGAAAUGAGUAAUGUAAUAUGUAACUUAUAUUGUCGGCAUCAAUUGUUUGUCGAUUUAGGUAAAUCAAUGGCUAAGAUAAAUGAAGUAAUUGGUAAGACGAAAGAAAAUUUGUCGACUGUGAUGAAAUAUUUAAAAGUUCAAGUUGAAGAAAAGACUGUUAGUAAAAAUACAAUAGCCACGAGAGAAGUUAAAUUGAAGGAUAUUAAAAAUGAAGUUAAUGAAACACGUGCCAAAUUAAUGAGUUCAGUAACUAAUGAACAUAAACAGAUUUCAAUAAAUGAAACCGACACGGAUGUCGAUGUCUGUGAUAGAUUACUCAACAAAGCGAUAGACGAAGUUGACUAUAUAUUGUGCAAUUUGGGUAUAUUUAUUUCAAAAGAGGAUUACGCUGUUAUCCUUUUGACGGGAUUAAAUGAUCAAUUGCUUUGUGUUGAAGAAAAUCUUGGGGAAUUAUCUAAUCACAUUGAUCGAGCACUGCGAGAUAAUGAAACAUCACAAAUGACAUUCGAUGAAAAGGGAAAAAGAUUAGAUAAAUUAGAACGAGAAUUAGAUUACGCACAUACUAAAAUGCAGGAGGCUUUAGAGAGCAUUGUUUUGAUAAGUCAGCAGCAUGAUACUGAAAACUAUUCCGAAACUAGUAACAAUUCCAUCAACAAUGAAAACGAUAAAAUAACUUCAAAUAAAAAUAACGAUUAUUCACAAUCUACUAGUGCCGAUAAUAAUGAAUUAGAUCAACUUAAAAAUUCAUUAUGCUCCAAGGACAAACUCCUCGAACAUAAGGACGAGAUAAUUCGUAUUCAGAAAGAUUCUAUUGAAAUGACACAAGACGAGCUGCGAGAUUUACGUAAAAGAUUACAGUCAAAGGUCGAUGAACAAACUGUUGUUAUAAAUCAAUACUGGCAAGAGCGAAAUAAUUUAUUAGAACAGACUAAACUACAGAACCAAACGAUAAAACACUUACAGGACGCUAUUGUUAGUGCGAAAAAAAAUUUAAAUCGUCAACAACAGCCGCAAAAAUCAACAAUCGAUUUGACUGUCGGUGACGUAUGGAGUCCAAUUACACCGACUGUGUUCAAUAAUGAUGACGUUCAUGACAUUUAAAGCUUCAUUGAAUCCAAUUAAAUUAUAUAUACACAUAUAAGUACAUUAAUUGUAAUCUAAAAAGUAUAAUUAUCAGUACCUGUAAUGUUAUUUUAAAAUAAGAUCUCUGUUGACUUCGUUAUUCAUUGUAAUUAAUUCAGUAUUCAUAUGUACAAUCUAAUAAACAUUUUAAUUGCUUGACAAAUUGUUGGUCAAUAAAAUUCUUAUUUAAAUUUGCGUAUUCAUUAUAGGAAGGAUUCAGUUGCCUUCAUUGUUUUUGCUGAAUAAAUUAAAUGCCUACCAUUUUUUUCGUACACUUUAAAUGAUGUUCACUUGAUUACUAUUUAAAUGUGUACCCAAAUAAAAAAAAUUCCUAAUUAAUGUUGAUAAGCCUCUGAUUUAUUUGCUGAGAAAAUCAAGAACUUGUUGAUGAAAAAUGGUCAAUCACGACCGACUACUGGCAAAGAAAACAGUUGAUCUGAAAAAUAUCAGAACUACGGUAGUCUUGAGAUAGGAACUGGAAAACGAUAGAGGUUUUGAUUAGAAAUUAGUGGCCUGGUCAGGUCAUUUUUUACACCGACUAUGAGAUUCAACCCAGUUUAUGACAGACCGGGCGAGUUAUACUAUUGUGAAUGUAGUUAUGAUAUUAUGAUAUUUUCCAGAUCAACUCUUUUUUCUCAAGUGAUCAGUCUUGAACAUUUAUCAUUUCUACUCAGCAAGUAUUUCGACGUUCUAAUUAGCAAAUUGUCUAACUUAAUAUUUUUUUGUAAGUGACUUUGUGCAUUUUUCAGAUAGUAAUAGUCAGAAACAAUAUUAUUUGAGUAAUCUCAACAAAAAUAUUGUACAUAAACUGGAUAUGAAAUUAAUUUUUAGAUGAAAUGAAAAUUUUUAAAUUACUUUUUUUUCACAUAAAUGGAGGAUUUUCCGAAAUGGAGUUUGAAAAUUUGCUAAUUAAAACGAUUUGAUUUUCUCAGCAAAAUCAGGAGCUUAUCUACCCCAUGUAAGAAAAAUUCUUUACAAAAAAGUUCGACAUGCGGAACUUAUAAGCUUGAGACAGAUUAGAACUUCGAGUAGAACUUUUUUUAAAACUUUUGUAAUUUUGACAUAUUUCUCAAAACGUUCUACUAAAUUUUACUCUCCGAAAAAGUUUAAAAAAAUCUGAUUAGUAAUUUUUUAUGAACUUUUUUUGAUUCUUAUGAAACUAUUGGUUUCUUAUGGGAACUUUUUUCGGAAUGAGAAAAAAAUGUAAAAUGUAGUAAUACGUUUUAAGAAAUGUCUUACAAACGUUCUUUUUUUAUUGAAGAUUCGCUCAUAUAAAAUCCUAAAUAAAAUCAUCAAAAAACUUUUUUUUUCAUUUAAAAUCACAAAAAUAAAUUAAGAGUCUACUCGAAUUGUAAUCAGUCCCAAGCUCAGUUCUACAUGUCGAACUUUUUGGAACAAACUUCUUUUACAAGGGUAAAAAGUAAGCAUUUAUAAUGUACACAUUUGAUUUACUUAGCAAAAACAAUCAAGACUGAUGGCUUCCAUUAAUUUAAAAAUAUCAAUGACGUGUAAAAAAAAAUUUAAUUGAAGCGAUGCUCAUUGUAAUAUGAUGCGUGAUUAUGAGACUAAACAAUUAAGUUUGUAAACAUAAACAGUUGAUUUAUCAAAGAGAGAAUUAUAAGCAGUGAUAUUUAUCGAAUGAAAGAAUUUGAAGCUUUUAAAAUAAUAAGCAGUCUUUGAUUCAAUCAUUCGAAUAGAUUAAUUUAAUAAAAUGCAAUACCAAGCUUUUGAAACAUAAAAUAAUAAGAUAUUUAAUUGGCCUACAAUAUCAAUUUGUUUAUAAAUUAUAAUUUUAAAGCUUAAACUUACCAUUAAAAUUUAAAUUAAACUAUGAUACUUUACAAUUUUAAAAUAUUUCAAUAAUUAUCUGUCGAAAAUAAUUUUAAAAAUUUAUAAAAUAAAAUUAUUACUUGCUGGUUGUAAAAAUAAAAUAAUCAGCUGUUUAAAUACAUGAGUGAUUCUUAUUUAUCUAUUGCAUUUUAAUAAGGGGAGAAGAUACUUUCUAAUUAAAUAUUUUGCGGCGUAAUAAACUUUUUUUCUUUAAUUAAUUAUUAAUUGGAAUAUUGUAGGGAAAUGAUAAAAUAAAAAUAUAAAAUAGUUUUUUUGCAAUUUAAAUUUAGAUUUUAGGUAUUGAGUUGAUGACAAGUAAAAUAUCACUACAAUUAUUUUGCUAAGUGAUGACGUAGAUGAGAAUGUUUUUUUUUUUUAAUGUUACAAUGACGUUUGUAAUACAAAAUGAUAAAAAACAUGCCGUCACUCUGUAUUAUAAAAACAAAUAAUUUUUUAUAAAUUCAAAGUGUUCAUUACAUUCAAAGUGACGGAAUUCAUUCUAGUUAAAGUAUAAAAAAAAAUUUUCUUAUUUAUUUAAAAUAGGAAAUAAUUAACAAACGUUAAAAAAAUAAAAGCAAUAAAUAUUCGUACUGAUAAUUUAUAUAUGAUUUAAUUUUAAACUAAAAUUAAAAAAAAAAUGAUUUACCAUUAAAAUUCACCAAAUUGCCAUGUUAAUAUUUUCGAUAAAUAAAAAUACAAAUCGAUUUCAGCAAUGAAAUUUUUAAAUAAAUUUCUAUAAUGAGCAAAAAAUAAUUAAAACUAAAAACAAAAAGAAAAAUUUAAACCCGCUUAUAAUUUUGGCACUAAUGACACAUCUGAUAAAAUGUUUUAAAUAAUGAGUAAUUAAAAAUUUUUUUCGAAUAAAUAAAAGUCAUCAUAGCGCAUUAAAAAGUAUUUUAUCAGGCUCUAAUAAAAUUUAAUCAAGAUAGUCAGAUAAUAAAAGAAAAAGUGUCAAUAAAAAUAAACAACUUUGUUAGUUAAUAAUAAUGAUUAAAAAAAAAUAAUAAGUAAAGUAAUAAUAAUGAUAAUUAAUUAUAAAAUGUAAUAAGAUAAAAAUGAAGCAGAUUUAAAGCUCCUAAAUGUUUUUUUUCUCGUAUAAUUAUUCAUAAUUUACCAUGAUUUAUCAAUAAAAUUAAUAUACAAUAUAGUUAUAGAUAUUACACGAUACAAUCUGACGAAGAAAAUAUAUAUGAUAAUAAUAAUAGCAGCAGGAAUGGCCCCUACUAUCUUAAAAGUUUUAUUUAUUUUUUUUGCGUGCCAAAAAGUUCAUAUUAUUUGUUCUGUUUUUAAAUUUAUAUAACUAUUUACCAUACACAUAAAACUGUAGUAUUUCCAUCAUAUAUCCUCGUUAUCAUCAAUUAUUAAUCCUUAUUACAUAAAUCAUAUCAUACAUAUGAUUUAUCAUAAUAUAUAUAUAUAAUGUAUUUAUAUAUUUAUUUAUAUAUAUUUAUAUAUUUAUAACGAACACCGCCCAUUACUACUAAAAUAACAAACGGGACUCACCGCCUUUUCUUAUUUUUUCUCUCCCUCUUUCUCUUCUCCAACAGACCCGAUACUCAAAAUAGGUAUUAUUAUCGGAUGCAUUGUGACAUAUUGAUUAUUAUUACUUUCACAGAUACCCCCGGUCGAGUUUAACCGUGUACUCACACACUCAUUAAUUAAUUUUAAUUUUUUUUUUCUUUUUUUUUUUUUCUUUUUUAUUAUUAUUAUUAAUUCUGUUAUUUUGUUUUUUGCACUUAAAAAGUCUCAAGUAU